AUGGACCUUAAUAUUGAUGAUAUUUUAGCAGAUUUAGAUCGGGAUACCACUGCUGUCGAUAGCUCCCUUUAUUUAAGUUCAGAACAUGAUACAACAAGGUUCAGUGAAGCAAAUGGCACACCUAGUAACCAUGAGAAGCAUAUAGCGGUUAAUAAUAUCACACCUGAAUCUGACUACCAAAUGCUUAUUACACAUUGGAGAAACGAGCGAAUGGCGCCGGAACUACUUCCAUAUCCACAUUUGUUGAUAGGGAGGCUUCUUCAGAGAUUGACAAAUCAAAUAGAACAUAUCGAGAACCUAUCAAUGGGAUUCCUAGAAGAGGCUGCCGAAAACGAUGCCAAGAUUCCUAUGCUAUGUAUGGAGGCGGAACUUGAAAGGUUGAAAUUUGUAAUUAGAAGCUACAUUCGUUGUCGACUGCACAAGAUAGACAAGUACAGUCUGUAUUUGAGGCAACUUGACCAGGCAAAUGACCGCACAUUAUCGUUAACUGAGUUACUAUCUCCCCAAGAGAUGGUGUAUCACGAUAAGCAUUCGAAAAUACUGCUCAAGCUCUUCAACAACUCUGUAUUACGGCAUAUGCCUCCAGAAAUGCAAGCAAUCGAUGACACAGAUGGCUCUAUCAACAUGAUAGACCAGCCGGACUGGAGUAAGUUCGUCUUUGUUCUAAUUAAAGGCGCAGAACCAGGUGAAGAAGACUCGGAACAAGUGCUUAAUGACGAUGGCAAGCCCUGCUACUCUGUCACUAUCCCCGAUCUGAACGAGGAAGUCGAACUGGCCGUUGGGGGGAUCUACGUUAUGCGCUACAAUGUCAUAAGUGGUCUACUACGGGACGGUAAAGCAAUACUUGUAUAG